AUGGCCAUCGAUAAUUUAAUUUUCGCCCAGUGCAUCCUUUAUUUUUUAGCCUUCGUAUUCGGUUUCAUCGCCGUGGUUCCUCUGUCGGAAAACACGGAGGACUUCGGGGGGAAAUGCCUGCUCUUCACGCGGGGUAUGUGGCAAAAUGAGAACAUCACUGUGUCGAAGCAGCGCUUCAUCGUGGAAGAGUGGGGACCCGAGUCCUCCUGCAGCUUCAUCACUUUUGUCGGGAUAGCGUCCCUCAUCCUGUCCGCAGUGCAGGCAUGGAGGCUGCUCUUCUUUCUGUGCAAAGGACACGACGACUCCAUCUUCAAUGCCUUCCUCAACCUGCUGAUCAGCUCCCUGGUGGUGUUCACCGUCUUCCUGUCCAGCACCAUCGUCAGUGUGGGUUUUAACAUGUGGUGCGACUCCAUCACAGAGAGUGGGACAAUGCCCAGCAGCUGUGAGGACCUGCAGGACACUGAUCUAGAGCUCGGCCUAGACAACUCUGCUUUCUACGACCAGUUUGCUAUAGCUCAGUUUGGCCUGUGGGCCGCCUGGCUGACCUGGCUUGGGAUCGCAGUGAUGGCCUUCUUGAAGGUAUACCACAACUACAGACAAGAGGACCUGCUGGACAGCCUGAUCCACGAGAAGGACCUGCUUCUCGGCCGCUCUUCGCGCCGCGGCUCUGACCUCAAGACCGGCCUGAUCUAGAAACCGGGGGACGCACAAACACACUCACUCACACUUAACCGUACAAUCCUCUCGCCUGCCAUGAGAAACACCAAUGUUUGCCUAUGUAGACAAUCAAAUUGGCUUUUGCUCCCAUUAACCAUGGAUUGAAUCAAAUGGAAGGUUUUAGCUUUGUUUUUUCAAAGGUAAUUGAUUUUCCCCUCAAACAAUCUCCCAAUGGUUGUUAAUCCUUGAAGAGUCCGGCUUUAUCAAGUUUAUUCAUCCACUGUGUGCAUUCCUCUUCCACACACACAACCAUAGUUCAGCUCUGAUAGUAUUAAAACCAUUUAAUGCAAAUGUACACCCAGUUUUUCUCAUGAAUUUUUAUUUAGCAACACUGUAUUAAUGACUUGGUCAGAUUGACUGAUGGAUCAUGUUGUCUUUGUGAAACUUCUGCAUGGACCUAAUGCAUGACAAAUUAAUAGGGUGGUGGUUUUUAGAUGUAAAGGGAUGUUCUUUUGUUUUAUACACCAAUAAAUGUGUUCCUAAAGUAGGCUUCUUUCUGGUAGGAUGCGCCUCUGCACACUACUUGAAGUGAAAAUUCUUUGCAUGCUGCAGCAAAGCCAAAUAAUAAUGUGUGCUUUUGCAGUGUAUUCACACUUUUAUCAGCAGUUACAAAAGGUGUUUUAUAAACAUGACAAAUUGUAGUUCAGAACAUUCAUCUAUCGGGCAGCCAGUCCAAAAAUGCUUUUAGCAAUCUGUGUGAGAUGAAAAACAAAUCCUAUUUUGUGCCAUAUAGUAACUCAGGCUUUUCCUUCACUUUAUAGGCUACAACCAAUAUACUGUAUUACUGUGAAUAGACGCACAAAUGUACCUGCAUGCAUCUCUCUCCCUAUUACAUACACAUCACACACUCACUUGCUGUCAGAGAUAAGAGGAAGAAAGGAAAACAUCUGCUUGACUUU